AUGGGACCUCUUGUACAAGUGUUAAUACUUAUUGAUAAUGAGAAAAAACCUGCAAUGGGAUACAUAUAUGCAGCAAUGGUCAAGGCCAAUGAGGAUAUUCGAAAAACUUCCAAUGAACAAGCAAUUGAGUGGUGGAAGACUUAUGGAGCACAAACUCCACUUUUGCAAGUAUUGGCCAUUAAAGUGUUGAGUUUGACAUGCAGUCUUCAGGAUGUGAGCAUUCCUUCUAAGAAGAGAAGUAGAAUUGAGGAUAAGAAGUUGGAAGACUUGGUUUUCGUUAAGUAUAACCAGACUUUAAAAGAGCGCUAUGAUUAUCGUGAUGUGAUUGAUCCAAUCGUAUUGAAUGAUGAUGAUGAUUAUAUCAAUGAAUUUGAAGUGGGAGACUUGGGGGAACAUGGUGAACCUAUUGAAGAAUUAGUUUAUGUCAGUGAUAAUCUAACUUGGACUAAUGUUGCCAAUGCAAGUGGGGCUAAUGAGCUGAUGGUCUACACUACGCGGGCAUCAAAAGAAAAGGCAGUUGCAAGUGCAUCUAAGGCAAUAGCACAAGAAGCAAUAUCAAAAGAAGUGGUUGUAGAAGAAGAUGUUGAAGAAGUUGAACCUAUUUAUGUUGAAGAUGAUGGAAAGGAGGAGACCGAAGAAUAUAUUGAAGUUGAUGGGGAAUAUGAAGAGGAGGAAGAGGAAGAAGACUAUGUUGAAGAUGAUGGAAAGGAGGAGACCGAAGAAUAUAUUGAAGUUGAUGGGGAAUAUGAAGAGGAGGAAGAGGAAGAAGACUAUGUUGAAGAUGAUGAUGAUCUUUGA